CAAAACUUAUCGCAGACAACAUCCGGGCCAGCACAGGCGCCAGUACUAAAUCAAAUGCAUACGCGCCAACCAACUGGUGCGCUAGCGUCAGGUACAAAAUGUUUGCCAGCCAGCGUUAGACCAGGAGACAGUUCAAAGGACAACAGUAACGCCAACAUUAGUAUUCCUGCCAAACCAUUGGCAAUCACGCCCAACAAAUACUGGAGUGCCAACUUCAGGCCAGCAGCGAAAUUUCUGCCAUCAAACGCCAGGUCAGAUUUCUACACCAGUGCAAAAUCAGUAUCAAACACACUCAACAACUAGUACCUCAAGAUUAGCCCAGCAGACCGCGACAGGACAAAAUAUCAGUCAAGCACGGCCGAUUCGCAUUAUAUCCUCAACACCAUACCCACAAGUAGCGGGACAAAAUGCGUUGAGACUAUCACCAGCUACCGUACCGAACUGGCAACCGGUGCUGAUGUAUGUACCAGGGACAGCACGACUCUCAGAGCUUUGCCAGUAUUUGGAAGGACUACCUACCGCAAGCACCACUGGCAACCUGCAGAAGCACCAGUGGAUGUGCAUCAAUCUGUUCAGAUGUUUGCAUCUGCUCAGACAAAUCCAUCAGCUCAUUCGCAGACUAACUUGUACUAUGAUCAAUCAGAAUCAAUGAUUAGUCAGCCCCCAUUUUAAGCAAUUCUAAGUAAAUCGCAUAAUAUCGUAAUGCUUGUUGGAAUGUAAAGCAGUUCAUUUUUCCGUAAUGGACAAGUUACGACACCAGUAUCGUACGCUAUUUUAUAGUACUGACUAGCAUAGAUUCGCUAGUGUCUAGAAAUCAUUCCCACCGAAUCUACCCCUUGCCUAUUCAUCCAAGAAACAAACUCUUUCGAUCCCGUAUAACUAUUCCCCACUCUCAAACGAUAUGAUGAGUAAUCGUGUAGAAAACACGCCAGAGCUCAGUCUGCAUCUGAGCCUCCACACAUGGAGUCGAUAACUUUCUCUCGCGUUAUAGUCAGUUUUAAUACAUAUGGUAUCAAGCUUUAAGAAAACUGUACCGUGCGAAUAAACGCGUCUCCUACAGUACUUCCAGCUGUUUGUUUUUCGAGAGAAGGGAAUUCCCGCGAGUAUGACGUCAUAGGACGGGGAUCCCCAGACUGAUGAAAUGAUUCUUUGUGUCGCGUAACUAAGAAGCAGAUGUGUAUUUUUAAAUUUUCUUUAAAUAGCAAAGUGUUUUUACAUUUUAUAUCAUAUUAUUAAUAAUGUAAGAUAAAAAAGUGUGAUAUUUUAAAACUCGGCAUGACGACCUCCAAAUUCAUGGUUGUGACAUGUGUUGUUUCAAUUGCAAAAUAUUCCUUAUUUGAACUUAUUCCUUAAAUAUUUACAAUAUGAUACUAAUGAAAAAUGGCAAAAAUUUAAAAAAUGUUCACUCUUUUUAUUUGUACAAUUUUAGCGUAUUAAAUAAACGUAAACACCAAUCAUUACUUAUCAAUCAUAAAAUCGUGAAAUCUUACUAUUAUUUUUAUCUGAAAAUAUUUAAUUAAUACAGAAACGGUAAGAAAAGGUCGCUGUAAUACAUAUGAUGACUCAAAGAAGUAUAAACAUCAAAUAAGCAAAAGGAACAAAGCAUAAGGAGAGAAAACGUCGUUAAUAAAGAAAGUCAGUUGGUAACAAAAUUUGUAUGAAUACAGUUCAUAAACAAAUACUUAAUGAUAAUCUUCCACACAUUCGAAUGAUCGUGAACGCUUGUGCGUGACCUUGAUAAAAACUAGUCAAAAACGAGGAUCGACGCGAGCUGUGUACCGAUUAUACCGGCUAGUCGUCAAGAUAUAAAAAAUAUAUUCUUGUCCUCAAAAGUUGAUCACUAUUUAUUACGGAACUUGCGAGUAUUGCGAGUUGUUUAGUUUCUUCUGCAUCCGCCAGGAGCGUGCGUCUGAGAAAAUGCAUUGGACAAAAUCUGUUGCCAGUCGAGGCACGGCUUCAGAAUCGGAAGCAUGGUGCGUGCGUUCAUCGCGACCGCGCCUUUCACAGAGUGUGUGAUGAUACAUAAAAACAAGCUUUUUAAAAAACCUCGCUUUAUUGUGGCCUGAUUCCCGAUUAUUGAGAGAGUGAGAAAAAGAAAGAGACGCGCAUUGGUGGCUGGCACUUGGUGGGGGACUGUAUAGGACGGGAGAGAGGGAAAAGGACGCGAUGCAUUCCAUUGUCGCGACGUAGCAGAUUUAUCUUCCCAUUCAUGCGUUUUGCGCACGCUCCAAUCCUCAAAAUAUUAAGCGAGAGGACAUUACAGCAAAAUCAUAGCUGAAUUCUUUGAAAUCCGCCAAAAUUACAAAAAAAGCUCACGUCAUUAUUUGAGAAAGCAUUCUGAGCACGCAUGCUGAAGUCGCUAGUUUGUCUUUUUAAUUCAUUUCUAGAAUUAAGGAUACAGGGCUUCAGCGUUAAGCAGUGAUUCCCUCAUGUUAAAAGGUAUCUUGAAUAGGUACACAUCAGGGCAAGACAUGGUAAGGGAAGGUUUACCAAGAAAUGAAUGCGAAACUAGGAGUCUAUCUUCCACUGAAAGCAGUAAACAACAGACGGACAUUGAAGAAAUUCCUUGUGCUAUGACUACUAGAAGCAGCAAGAGGCAAGGACAGAUUGCUCGCGAGACUGAUAAUUCACAGGCAGGUCCUUCUGGUUCUAAUGAUAACAGGAUAAACAAAGACGAAGAGAUUGCAGAUGACUCAGAGUCUGAAGAAAAGAAACGUCUUGAAGUUAAGAGACUUCGUAGAAACGAGUACAGGAGAGCUCGUUACGCUAAAAGGAAAGAAAAUGUUUCUGCAACCAAUACUGGCGCUACUGGAGAAACUCGCACUGCAGAUGUCCGUGGUAUAGAAGGUACUGUUGUUGCUCCUCCCAAUGCAAUGCUUGCUGCUUGUGCCCGUGAAAGUGGAAUAGCUCUAGAGAACAUUUUAGCUGUCAAUACAGGACAGUCCAAUCAUCUCGGCGAAGGCCAUCAGAUUCAUGGCCAAUCAGAAACCCAUAAUGGUAUAGAUAUACGUAAAAUGUAUCGCGAACUAAGCGGUAUCUUACAUCACAAAGAAAAGCAGUUGAAAAAAGAAUUAGAGGAAGUUCAAAGGGGUAUUCGACAGCUUCAAAAUUCAUGGAUGACAAUAAAUGGGUCAGCAUCGGUGCCGGUGCCAAACCAAUGGCAGACAUGCCAAUCGACUGCUAUACCAGCAUUAGGCCAGCUGCAAAAUUUCAGCCAGCUGACUCCAGGUCAGGUUUCUGCAUCAGUACCGCAAACGAUUGGUGCUCCAACAUUAGCCCAGCUAUCUGUGGCGAUACAAAAUUUUUGUCAAGCUCUAUCGCAGCAACAACCGCAACCAGCACAACCAGUUGCACAACCAAUGCAAAUGCGGGUGCCAACAUCAGCACCAAUAGCAGAACCUUGGCAGUAUUUGCAAGGACAACUGCAAGCACUCGUGGCAGCACCGAACUGGCAAUCUGCAGCAGCAGUAUUGACACCAGUGAACUCGCAACAAUCGGCUCAGAUGUUUGCAUCUGCUCAGACAAGCUCAUCAGCCCAACCGCAGGCUAAUUUAUUUUUAAUGGAUCAGAAUCCACUAUUAAGCAACUUCCAUCUUAAGUAGCUUGCGUUUCCUAAUGUUUGUAAAACUUUUUUCUAAGCUUCUAAGCUUUUUAUUUAUUUUUACUUUAAUUACUAUACUUGCCAGAAUCUUAAGUUGCUCGACGCCGAUCUUCACUGCUCGUUUCAAAAACGCGUACAUCUCCCAUUUCGUCUUCUCACGGAUACAAUAGUUUGACUGCAUUGUGUGACAAACAGUGCGCGCCACUUAGCCUGCAGACUCAACCGUGCGAGCCUUGUCCGUAUGCCCAACUUCGUAUUGCAGAUACUUAUAAUUUCCUUUGGGGAAAGGCCAUAGAAUUGACUCGGCAUCUCGCAGAGUCUCGCAUUCAUCUUUACCAACACGUUUGCUGCUCUCGCAUUCGCUCAAGCCGAAGCCUGUGACGUGGUAAAAAGUCUAGUUUAGUUUCACGAGAAGAAAACCCAGUCGGGAACAGUGAUUACAUCUUCGAAUUUACUUAAAACUAAACUAACGCACUCGAGCGUUGCCAACCAAUAUCGCUCACAAUCAUACACGCUGCAUCGUACAAAAGUCAAUGCAAUGGACUAAGGAAGAGAAAAGCGGCACUAGCUCUAUUACUGAAAAUUGAAUUAGUCGCUGGUCUACACUGCGGUGUCUAUAGAUCCGCAGUGCGAUGCGCCUACCCGAAACUGUGCGUAUCGGAACAGUAAUUUUAAGAUAAUUUAUGUAUAGCAUUAAGGGACAAGUAUGUACUGUAAAGAUCUGAUUUUAUAUCAUCAUUAUAUUAUAACAAAUUAAUUGUAUCAAACAUGUUUAAAUCAUUA